AUGGCUGGAAGAGGUGCUCCAAAAGGCAAAACGUUCAAUCCAAAACAGUAUGAAAGACCAGGCCUCACUGAGGACGAGAUCGAAGAAAUUAAAGAAGCCUUUGAUCUAUUUGACACUGAUGGAUCUGGAACAAUCGAUCCUCGUGAACUCAAGUCUGCAAUGCAAAGCUUAGGCUUUGAAGCAAAAAACCAAACAAUCUAUCAAAUGAUUAGCGAUCUGGAUAAGGAUGGAUCUGGUUCUAUUGAUUUUGAUGAGUUUUUAGAUAUGAUGACUGCAAGAAUGAGCGAUAAAGAUACAAGAGAAGAUAUCAAUAAGGUAUUUAGACUUUUUGAUGAUGAUAAAACUGGAUAUAUCACUAUUAAGAACUUAAGGAGAGUCGCCAGGGAACUAGGAGAAACGAUGACUGAUGAAGAGCUUUUAGAAAUGAUUGAAAGAGCAGAUUCAGAUGGGGAUGGACAAGUAACUCCUGAAGAUUUCUACAAUAUAAUGACGAAGAAGGCUUUCCCUUAA